AUGACAUCUACAACUUUCACAGUGCUGGUGUACUUCAACGACACCAUCUUAACAGAAGAAAACUACUUUGAAACAUACAUUAGCUCUCAAACGGCUUGGGUGACCAUAACAAACACAAUGACUAUGGUUGAAGUGAAGCAAACUAUUCUCAACCACUUCAACAUGUCAACAGUAAAUGAAUAUGAAGUCGACUUACAAUACAG